UUCAUUUUAGGACGUUUUUACUUGUAAUAUAUGUUUACAGUUAAAAACAAGUGCAUUCAGUUUUUAAAGCGAGGUCACAUUUAACCCUAAAAAGACAUUUUGUUCAACAAGUUAAGCACUCUUCAGUCUAAAAAAAACAGACGGGCUUAGAAAAACAAGACACUCUCUGUGGUGUAAUCCAGUCGCACUAGCCUUUACUGUCUUGAUAAAAAAAACACUAAUGUUAUAUCAUACCAGCGCAUUAAACAUUUUAAAUAUUUACCAAAUAGCGUAUUUAUACAUUAACACAUACACGCGAAUUUAAUGCGACACAUAUAAUGUUUUAGACGACAGGUCACGUUAUUGUUCAUACAGGCACGCGGUGGGCGCCUAUAAACGGAAAGUCUUUUCUAGGGUCCAUCGGUAUCAUAGCAACCAACUCUCAAACAACAACAAUGCCACGCUGCUGAAGCUUCAGUUGGACGUUCGCUGAUGAAUUUGCUGUGGAUUAUUAUCAAGCUGUUUAUUCGUCCAGAUGUCGCUGAAAGAACUACAGCUGCCACCGUUGUUACACUCUGAAAGUCUUUCCGUUAGCAGAGGAUCACAGCAACCCAUUACUAAUGGGAUAUCUAGGUCAAAGUUUAUAAAAACCAAUGCGGGGGAAACCUCUGGUAACCUUUUAUCCUGGCCUGCUGAAGUUACCAAUCAAAUUGUCCAAAAGCCCAGAGGAAUAAAACAUCAUGGAUCUCUUACCAAGCCUCGUUUCUUAGAGCAACUGGAGUCUCAUCUGAAGAGAGAAUUAGAAGCUUUAGACACACAUGGCAUCAAAGUCCAAGAGCUCAGACUGCAGGUUUUCCAGGAGGUGUUUGGAUAUUUAAUUGAAGAAUUUAAAACCUAUAAGCCUAUUUUCUCUGCCAUCAAAAAUGAGUAUGACGUCACAUUAGCACAUCUUCGUGAACAGAUCAGGGAUCUGCUACCGUUGCGGGCAAAGCUGGUGCUUGUGUCGGAACAGUGUGAGAAGAGGAUUCUGGAUCAGAGAGUACAGGAAAGAGAUGAGCUCCGAGCUCUGAAGCGAGAGUGUCAGCGUCUGCAGCGUGUCAUCGAGAGUAUGAGAGGACAACAGACUGCUCUGCAGAUUCAGGUUGAUCACCUAAAAGAGGAUCUGGCCACCCAGUAUCAGCUAUACCGGGAUGAACGUGAUGCACGAAAACUGCUCAUCACCAGAAUCAGCACAAUGACCUCUACCCAAGACACUGAACAUGAUGAUAAUAAUGAAGGUUAUAAUGAAGAGGAUGAAUCUGAGGAUCCUGUGGUGGUGAAAAUGGCUUUGCAGGUGUGUAGAGAGGACCUUACCAAAGUCCAAGUUGAGCUUAACCGCCUCCAAGCCGAAUACAGUGAUGUGGUCCCACGACGAGACUGGGAUAACCUCAAUCAUAUACAUGAGGAGACUUUAAUAAAGCUGGAAACCUUACAGACAGACUUUGACCAGUUAAAGUCUGAGUAUGACACACUGCUUGAGGUUCAUCGUCAGUCAGCACCUGCUGUGUUACACUCCAGUCAGUCUGAGCUGCAACACAUUGUUACAACUCCCAGACCAAACUGGGAACAAUGUUCAGACAUACUAGGAGGCAGUGAGCGAUGUAAAGAGCUCUUUGAAGGUCAAUCCAGCCAAAAGAGGCUGGAGAUCUUGCUGCAGCAGAUGAAUGGCCAAAAUGACUUCUUCACUGGUCUUGGCACAUCCAGUGAUGUCCCCAUUUAUCUACAGUAUGAGGGGCAACUUAAGAAUCUUAAGCUCAAGAAAGCAGAUGUAGUCAGAGUUAUUAAAGACAUCUGGAGGGAAAAAACCUCAGAGAAUGAAAAGAAUGAUGACUCCAGAGAUCUGCAGAUGUUUCUUCACAGCUAUCUUGUGGAACAUUAUAAGGAUAAGGCAGGAGAGUGGGCUUACAGCUUGAUGGAAAUCAUUCAGAACAAUCUUGAAGAUGAUCUCAUUUGCCUUUUUAAUGACAUCUUGAUUGGGAAGGUUGAUGAGAGUAUCUAUCAUGGACAGACUCAGCUGCUGUCUUACUUGCUCAAGGUUUUAAUUCAAAGUGACACAACGCAAUGUGGAUCACUGACUGUCUUAGAAUUUAGUGAUGCACUGAGGAAGGCCUUCCCUCUGAAGGCAGAUCAAGACAUAGAGGAGCUGUUGGCGGUGGCUCAGACAGAGCUGAAGAGUAAUGGAGUACGCAUUGCUUAUCAGACACUUUAUACAGAGGACACAGAUGGAAGACACAAAGAAUUCCUGAGUCUAGUUAAAAAACAAGCUACUGCUGAGAGACUCCAGUACAUCAGCGAGCUGAGAAUGCAACUAGAAGGCAAAGGGGAAGUGGAUGCAGAGCACCUCAGGACUGCCUUCAAGACUAUCGAUCCCUCACUGGAUUCUGAAACUCUGGACUGGAAUCUCAGUGUAGCUUUUCAGACAAAGGAGUGUGAAUUACAAACUCAAGCUUUGAACACGGAGGUUUUGCUGCAGCGUCUCUCUGUGGCUAAUGUAAAUAGGGCGGGGCCUAAGUGAUGACAGUUGUUAUGUCAAACACAUUUCCAAUCUUUUUAUAGCACACUACAUAUAUAAACCAAGCACAGCACUAGGGUAUAGAAAUACCAUAAUACUUUAAUAGUUUGCAUAUUGUUAUGUAAUUAGAUAAAUCACAUAUCAAGAAUAACACAAUAAUUAAAAAAUUAUUUAAGUAGCCUCAUGUCUCUGCGUGUUGCUUUAACAUAAUCUUUUUUUUUUGCUUUUUUUUUUAUUAAAUAGAAACUGUUAUGUGUGUUAUAUUUACCCUUUUACAUCUACAUCAACAAAGCCAUAUUAAUUUGUAAAGUCCACUACAGAUUACUUAAUGAUUAUUAUGUCAAUAAAUGGUACAUUUAUAUGUA